GAUAACGAUAACCACCGUUUUUCAUUCACCAUGACGAAUGUCUUAUCCUUAACCCACCCAGAAUCAGUUUUCCAUUCUUGAGAGAGAGAGAGAGAGAGAGAGAGAGAGAGAGAUUGUUGCCCAAAUGGGUACACAAGAGGACGAGAGGAUUGUUGCCCAAAUGGGUUCCCAGGAGGACGAGGGGUUAGAGACGAGAUUGCUCCUGCCAGGAGAAGAAGGCCUUCCACAGGAUGAAAGUGGUGGACUUUACACAGGAGAUGGUUCGGUUGAUAUUAAGGGGCAACCUGUGUUGAAGAGCAACACGGGGAAUUGGAGAGCAUGCCCCUUCAUUUUUGGUUUUGAUUGUUGUGAACGUUUAGCUUAUUAUGGGAUUGCUACAAAUCUUGUCACUUAUCUCACCACAAAAUUGCACGAAGGGAAUGUCUCUGCUGCAAGAAUUGUUACCACUUGGCGAGGCACUUGCUACCUGAUACCCCUUAUUGGAGCAGUCUUGGCAGAUGCAUAUUGGGGGAGAUAUUGGACAAUUGCAGCCUUCUCUACCAUCUAUUUUUUUGGAAUGUGCACGUUGACUCUAUCAGCAACGGUACCUGCAUUUAAGCCUGCUGAAUGUGUUGAUUCUGUAUGCCCUUCUGCUACUACCGCUCAAUAUGCAGUAUUCUUCUCCGGACUAUAUCUGAUUGCCCUAGGCACUGGUGGGAUCAAACCAUGUGUUAUACAAUUUGGGGCUGAUCAAUUUGAUGAUACUGAUUCUAAAGCGAGGGUGAAGAAGGGAUCAUUCUUUAAUUGGUUUUAUUUAUUUAGCAACAUUGGUGCUCUUGUCUCAAGUAGUUUAAUUGUGUGGAUCCAAGACAAUGCUGGGUGGGGCCUAGGUUUUGGAAUUCCCGCAUUAUUUAUGGCCAUUGCAAUUGCAAGUUUCUUCUCAGGCACUCCUCUGUAUAGAUUUCAGAAACCUGGGGGAAGCCCACUUACAAGAGUGUGCCAGGUUUUGGUUGCAUCAUUUCGAAAGUCCAAUUCGGUGGUCCCUGCAGACAGUAAUCUUCUAUAUGAAACACCAGACAAAACAUCAGUAAUUAUAGGCAGCAGGAAACUGGAGCAUACAGAUGAGCUGAAGUGUUUUGACAAAGCUGCUGUAAUCUCCGAUGCUGAAAACAAAACUGGGGACUUCUCAAAUCCAUGGAGGCUUUGCACUGUGACACAGGUGGAGGAACUCAAAAUCUUGAUCCGCAUGUUUCCAAUCUUGGCUACUGGGAUUGUGUUUUCGGCUGUUUAUGCACAAAUGUCGACACUGUUUGUUGAGCAAGGGAGGAUGAUGGACACAACCAUCGGGUCCUUCUCGGUUCCUGCAGCCUCUCUUUCAACAUUUGAUGUCAUCAGUGUUAUUUUCUGGGUCCCGGUCUAUGAUCGCGUCCUUGUCCCCAUCGCAAGAAAAUUUACUGGCAAGGGUAGGGGGUUCUCAGAGUUGCAAAGAAUGGGAGUCGGUCUCUUCAUUUCAAUUUUAUGCAUGUCAGCUGCUGCUUUGUUGGAAAUGAAGAGGCUCUCAGUAGCAAAAGCCCUGGGUUUGGUUCAUGAAGAUGUUCCAGUUCCACUUAGCAUCUUGUGGCAAAUUCCACAGUACUUCUUGUUGGGUGCUGGGGAAGUAUUUACAUUUAUCGGGCAGCAUGAGUUUUUCUAUAACCAGUCCCCGGAUGCUAUGCGUAGCUUGUGUAGUGCCUUGUCCCUGUUGACAAAUUCCUUGGGAAAUUACCUGAGCUCUUUUAUUCUGACCGUAGUGACGUCUAUAACAACCAAGGGUGGGAAGGCUGGAUGGAUCCCGGAUAACUUGAAUGAGGGGCAUCUUGAUUAUUUCUUCUGGCUUUUGGCUGGGCUCAGCUUCGUAAAUACGGUGGUUUACAUCUUUUGCGCCAAAAUGUACAAAUCCAAAAAGUCAGCUUAAUUGUUUUGUACUAGCAGCAUAGCUUAUUACCCGUCAUUGCUUAAAGGGUUUUGGUUUAUGUCAUUGUAUCUCACCUAGAAUUGAAUCAUCCUAUUGCACAGAAGUGACUGUAAUAUAUUGUUAUAAGUGAAUAAGCACGUUCUUGUACUCCGCAUGCAUUUGCGUUUAUUGCGAAUGCAUUUGCGUUUACAUGAUAUGGAUGAAUGUUGAAUACUUGAAUGCCGUACUAGUACCACCGGGUACGACCUUUUAUGAAA